AUGAAGCUGACUCUGGCGCAGAUCUUUUUCAUGAUGCUGCUGCUGUUGCUGGGCCUGGGGGUGGGCCUGGGGUUGGGGCUUCAGAUGGCCGCAGCAGUCCUGGAGGACAGUGAUCAGUCACUGAAUGAGUUUUGGUCCAGUGACUCACAGGACAAGGCUGCGGCCACUAAGGAGGGAGAGGGCAUCCGAACAACAGAAAUCCUGCUGCUUAGCAACAAAGGAGUGGUGCAACCCGGCUGGCCAGAAGAGACCAUCCUCAAUGAAGAUGAAGUUGGAGGAAACAAGAUGCUCAGAGCUGAGGCUCUCUUUCAGAGCAACAAAGACUAUCCCAGGCUGGACCUGAUGGCCCGGGAAUGCAAUGCCAUGAUGGCACACAAGAUGAAGGAGCACAACCACACAUGCAUAACCCAGUACACAUUCAUCCAUGAGGAGCUAGAUGCAGUCAAAGCUGUCUGUAAAAGUCCUGUUGUUGCCUGUGAUCUCAAAGGAGGCAAAUGUCACAAAAGCUCCCGUCCUUUUGAUUUGACAUUCUGCAAGUUAUCCAAACCAGGCCAAGUCACUCCUCACUGCCAUUACGUAACUUUCAUUUUUGAAAAGUUCGUUAUUAUAUCCUGUAAUGACAUGAAAGUCCAGGUAACGUCUGGAUAA